GGCCGCCAGCUAGUUACUUAAACAAAGGCUGAAAUUGCUUCCGACUAGUCAGUCAGUUGAGGAUGUCUAUUUUCUGCACUCCGUAAUAACAAUAAGGAUUGUGUGAUGCAGGAUGGGUCUGCGCCGCUACCAAUAAUAAUGGCAUCAGCCUGCCACGGAUAGAUAUUGUUCCUGGUUCCUGACAGAGGCAGAACUGGCUCAACUAAAUAUCUCAGCCAAUCAGGGAGAUAUCUCCGGAAAUAAAGAGGCAGCUCGCUGGUCCUCUGAAAGACCAGCAUUGUUGAUCAACGAUGAUCAGGAUGUCUCCGAGAAAGCAGGAUCCAGGUCCCGCAGUCGAGGCCGCAGCAUUCCCUGUCCUGAUUCUCAACUCACUGUUCGGUGAAGGCUGACAGGUCCAAUUUCAUAAGAUGCUCCUUUUCUGUCCUUUUGUUUUCAGGUCUGAGCAAGCAGUUUCUGUAUGGGACAACAUGGAGGAAUAGUUACCAGUGCAGGUGCGUUUCCAUUGUCGCAUGCAGCACGACAGAUUCUCUCAACCUCCGGCCUAGCACAGCGCACGUGUUUUGGAACAGCAUGAAGUAUCAAUCCCUUGGAGACGCCCGACAGCAUUUUUUUACGGCGAGGCGGCAUACUCCCAAUGACGCACCGUUGGCUUCGUCAAAACGAAAGGCGGAUGGAUGGCUCUCGCCUAUCCUGCCAUUCCGGAGGACGGGUAGAAACUAUCAUUCGGGAAGAGUUUCAGAUGAGACAGAGUUGAUGUACACAGAAAGAACCGAUACUUUGCCAGGAUCCAUCACCGCUCGAUCAAACUCCGUCUAUUCCGACUUGAAAACCGCUUAUACUAGCAGGCAAAAUCCCAAUGAGCCAGAAACAAGCCUGGACAAGGCCCAGCACAAGCGAAAAUGGAUCAGGGGAGCUCUUAUAUGUGCUUACUCUGCGUGUGUCGUCCUGCUCGUCAAUGUCAUCAUCACCUUCGCUGCUAUCGUCAGAGCGUACGGAGAAUAUGGAAGCAUGGAGUUAAUGUUCGCUCCGAUAUAUAAGGGUAAAUGCUCGGUUUCGAGAAACUGGGUUACGGGGCUACACUUUUUCAUCAACUGCUUGUGUGCAGUGACGCUUGCCACGAGCAGCUAUUGCAUGCAAUGCCUGGCUUCGCCAUCCCGAGCGGAUACUGAUCGCGCACACAAUCAAGGGAGGUGGCUCGAAAUCGGAACGGCCAGCAUCGGCAACUUUCGUUUUGUCGGAUAUAAAAGACUGAGCCUAUGGCUGGUAUUGCUCCUUACUUCACUACCAAUCCACAUUAUAUACAACUCCGUGGUAUUCGCGUCCACUGCCGUGCAACAAUACAAAGUCUUGGUAACACCCAACGAAAGCGAUGCCAGCCUUGCGGCCAGCGAAUGUGUUAGGUCUGCCCUCGAUAAGGAUAAUCCUGAUUUUCUCCACUCAGUGCCUCAAGGCUCCUUUGAACACCUUUCACCACGUGAAUGUAUUGACACAUUCGCCGUCGACUAUCUGCCAGACCGCAGCGCUCUUAUUCUCUUGACGAAUGAGUUGUACAACGACAAUAUCACUGUCUGGGACGCUGGCACUGGAAGCGGUCCGAGAAUCCCUGUUAAAGAAGGAAGCAGAGACUUUGACUGGAUAUGUCGGGGCGAGGAGGCGUUGAAUGAGUGUGAGGGCGAUCAGAUUGACCCUGAGAACUGGAAAGUUACAGCUUCACCGUUGAAAGUUAAGCUGUUGAAUAUUACAGCCCCCAGUCAGAACGGAACAAUAAUCUUCAAUAGAAAUACGUUUGCGAAGGUUUCACCUUGCUAUAGGCAACCACUGGUCGAACCUGAUAUACUCUGUCGCGAUAUGGAAACGCUUUAUCGAUAUAUUGCAAAGGACCAAAACAUUGACGGCGUCCUUGAUUUCCUUCGUGAUGCCCAGAAUUGGCAAAACAGUUCAUGGGCCAAUGCAAUCACCGUCGAGGAAAUUUCUCAAUGCGGAUACCUAAGUGACAGUGAAAACGAGAAAACCAAAAUUUUUAGAAUAGAAGCUUGCCUCAGCGAGAAGAUACCUGAAAUUUGCGAGCUCAGGUUCAGUUUCCCAAUUGCAAUUAUCGUCCUCGCUCUCAAUAUUGUCAACCUUGCCUCCAUGUUCAUGUCGGCCUAUGAUUCCAGGGACGAUGUACUGCUGACUAUCGGAGACGCAAUAUCGUCGUUUCUAAGUCGGCCUGACCCAAACAGCCGAGGCCGGUGUCUUUCGUCAAAGUCAAACGUCUAUACAAGGGCAUUUACAGCCUCUUCAGGUACGCGUUAUUCUCAGGUUAAUAUUCCAAAACGUCUACCUCGGCCUAAAAGAUGGCUUCAUUCGAUAAAUUCGUUCCAUUGGUAUAUAAUCGUUGCAAUGUACUUUGCCAGUCUGGCAGCUGCCAUCUACCUGCACCGCAUUGUAUUCGGCUCAGGCAAGUCUCAAAAUAGUGAAGGAAGUUUCAGUGGACUUUCCGCCCACUCCGUCAAGCCCGGUUCGGCCACCUCGAUGUUUUGGCAGAAAUCCGGCCGCUCGAAAGAUAUCAUGUCAUUGAUGCUUCUUGCGAAUACUCCCCAGCUUGUGAUCUCGAUCUCCUAUUUCCUUUACAACAACCUUUUAACAUCCAUGCUCCUUGCUGCCGAAUACAAUGGGUACGCUUUGCAUCGCAGUUAUCUUCGGGUCACCAAACCCCAAGGAAAACAACGGUCGGAGCUCUAUAUUAGCCUUCCAUACAAAUAUGGCAUGCCAUUGAUUGUAGCGUUUGUUGUCCUGCACUGGUUGGCAUCACAAAGUCUGUCUUUCGUGCAGGAAAUUCCCUUCUACGCUGAUGGGAAGUUGGCCGACAAUGACAUAGUGAACUCUAUGGGCUUGGCCCCGGUUCCUAUGAUAGUCGCCAUGGUGCUUGGAAGUCUUAUACUCAUAGCGGUAUUUGGCAUAAGUAUUAGACGAUUUGGCUCCCGGAUGCCUCUCGCCGGUAAUUGUAGUGCUGGAAUUAGCGCUGCCUGCCAUCCUCCAGAGGAUGAUAGGGAUGCAGCAUUCAAGGCCGUUAUGUGGGGUGAGGUAGUUACAACUACACCAGAGGACCUUGAAGGACUUAGCGCAGCUGGGAUCGAUGAUGAAACUCGUUCCACUCUGAGCCGGGCGAGUAUGGCCACGCAGGACCGUGGGUCUAAAUCAACUUCAGUUCGAGUAUCGAAUGCGAUGGCGGCGUUAUCAUUGGAGUCUGCAGGUGUUGCACAUUGCAGUUUUACCUCUCAUGAUGUCGUGACACCUUCGCCUCGCCAACUGUAUUCUUAAAACGCGAGGUAUUGCUGGGUAAUGGUUUCAUUCUCUUUGGCGCAUUUGUUUCCUUUAUUUUGAUUCUUAGAAAAUGCAUUGUAGGGUUUAUUGUUGGGGCUUAAGUUGGCUCCAGUUAGCACGAGAUAUUGAAAUGAAUUGAAUAUAAACACUUCUUAACGAUAUGCCACAAGUUCAUACCCC